CAGACAGUUGGUGACUUCUGCACACUGUGCGCUUCAGCAUGCGCUAACCCCGCUCUGUCAUUUUACGUGGCCUACCACUUGGUGGCUGUUGUUCCCAGUUGCUUCCACUUUGUUAUAAUCCCACUAACAGUGGAGCGUGGAAUAUUUAGUAGCCAGGAAAUGUCACGGAUGGACUUAUUGCACAGGUGACCACCUAUCACGGGACCACGCUUGGAGUCACUGAGCUCCUGAGAGCGACCCAUUCUUUCACCAAUGUUUGUAGAAGCAGUCUGCAUGCCUAGGGGCUUGAUUUUAUAUGCCUGUGGCCAUGGAGGGGAUUGGAACACCUGAAUCCAAUGAUUUGGAGGGCUGGCCCAAUACUUUUGGCAAUAUAGUAUAUGUAUGUAUA